UAAGUUGACUGCAAGCGUGUUAGCUUCGUGUGGUGUCUGUUACAAACAUCAUCAGCGGUUUCUUCGCUGACAUUGGUGCAUUUGCGUUAGCUAAUAAAUUGCAAGCCAAGUGUACAAAAGACAAAAAACUGGAUGUGUUCUACCCGUUAGCUAACAAAGGUGCUAGCUAACAUCAAUCUCAUAGCUUUUCGCGGAUGUUUGCUUACUAACUUUAAUAUUAAUGGCAGACUGUUGGAACACAGACACCGGAGAAGCCGUGUUUCGGUCCCGGGAUGUUGUCAAAAACCUGAGAAUAAAGGUUCGCAUAGAGAGGGUGACCUCCACAGCAGCCCUCUCCCUGCACCUCCAGCAGCAAGUUCUGUCCCAGCAAGACAGAGGAGCCAUUGAACUGGAAACCCUCACCUCACAAGGCCAGACAGGUGAUAAUGAGGAGGAGCUAGUGGUGGGCUGGCAGGAGAAACUCUUCAGUCAGUAUGAGAUGGAGCUGUUCCAGAAUGAGGCGGCAUGUCAGACCCCUCUGGACCGUCAGUACCACACAGAAGUCAAAGCCUUGAACAAGACCAAGGGCCGACGAAAUCACCGAAUUUUCACAUACACUGAUCACGACCGCUUCACAGACUGUCUCCCAGUCCACCAACUGCACUCGACCGAAUUAUUGACUGCAACCACAUCCAGCCCCACAUUCCUGGCUGAAAGGAUGGCCAGCGUGAGGCACAGACGGCAGGACAGACGCACAAUGGAUUGUAGUAUCCCUAAGACAAAGAUCAUCAACUGGGAGCCCACAGAGGAGUUUGUGAAGAGCAGUCAUGUGGUGAAUAGUACCAUGCAGACCAUGCACAUCAUGGGAGACCUGAGUCCCCCUGGAAGGCUGGGCCAGAAGGAGAAUGAAUGUUUGCUGGUGACCAUAAAAACAGAUGGCAGCGGAACAGUCAUUAUAAAACCUGACUUCAACAAAGGCAAAGAGCCCUACAGGAUUGUGACAGAUGGGGAGAAGAGAGAAGUUUGGCGUCUCACUGUGGAGAAUGUAUCCAAAGCCAUGAAGCCAGAGGAACAGGAGAGGGAGCAGAACAUGUACAAAGACCUGUAUGUACGACACAAGGAGUACCUCAACAGCCUCGUUGGACAGGACUUUGAAAUGCCUCCUGUGGGUGUUCUGCGUUACCUGAUGAAUGGAGAGAUAGUCGCAGCCAAAGGUUUUGAAUAUGAUAACUUAUACAUUCACUUCUUCAUGGAACUGCCCAACAAUUGGUCCAGUUUGCCAUUUCAGUCUCUCUCAGGUGUUACCCAGACCUGCAGGACCAAAACAUUGGGGCAGGAAAAUGUUGCUUUCUUCAGUUACCCCUUCAGCUUUGAGGCUUUCUACAUGUGUGAAAAGGAGAGCGAGGAGUCAAUUCCUCAGUGGCCAGUGCUCUACUUCAAGGUUCUGUCUCUGGACUCAUGGCAGCGCUAUCGGACUGAAGGCUACGGCUAUCUGCUUUUUCCUGUCAUGCCUGGUAAACAUACAGUAACAUGCCAUACGUGGAGACCCCUUCAGACGGGGACGGUCUCUGCACUGAGGCGCUUCUUCAUCGGAGGCUCCCCGGAGCUUGAGGACCUCAGCUACGUCAGAGUCCCGGGGACCUUCAAGGGAGAGAGGCUGAGCCGCUUUGGCUUUCGCACUGAAACCACAGGAAGUGUCACCUUUAAUUUGCACUGUGUGCAGCAGGCCAGGGCCUUUGUCGAUGCCGCCAUGCUGAAGAAGAGGAGGCAGAAAGUUUUUGACCAGCUGGGAGGAUUUAGUCAGCAGGGGGCAGUUUGCACCAUCCUGGAGGCCUUCCAGAGAGCCAGGAGGAAGAUGCAAGAGGCCCGAGAAGCUCUACCCAGAGAUCUCAUCAACAACACCUCCCAGCUGCAGGUCCAGUCCUCUGCAUAGGUGUGACAGCCAGUGGAGGCAAAAACACGAGACCAGCCGACUGUCUGAGACACGCUGGACUACUGUGUGGUUUAGAAUAGACACAACAUUAACAGCAAGUAGAAGAAAACAGGCUCUGACUGCUACUUAUUCUUUGUGAAGACAUGUUGGGAGGAGUAAUAAUUGAGGUAAAAAUAGAUUCAUGUGGGAGCGACUGAGGAGCAAAGCCAAUAUGAAUUGUAAUAAUUAAUAAUUAUUAUAUUCUAUGUACAGUCACUGUCUCAUUUCCAGAGUGAAAGACACUGAUGAAAAUAAAAUACUGUUUUAGUUUUGGAUUUUAUACUUUCCAUUGGAAACAU